AUGGGUUGUGAAAAGUCAAGGCCAAGAUCAUCUGAAGAAAUAAUCAUAUCUGCAGCCGAAGAAGGCUUAGGUUUCCAAGACAUUAACGUUCAUUUAAUAGACAGCACCUUCCGAAAGUUCAGCCAUAUGGGACGAAUCAACCAAACUCAGCUUAAAAGAAUUUCACGGCAGCUAAGAAUUAAUAUCGUAGAUUUCGGCCCACAUGUAAAAAUCAACGAAAUGUUUUAUCUUUAUUUAAAACAAUUCCUAUGAUUUUGGCAUGCCAAAAUUCAUUUUAAUUAGCAAAUAUAGGCCAAAAUUAAUUCUAAAAGGCUAAAAAUACUAUUAAAAUAUAGUUUUCAAAAGAAAUAAACGUAAUAAAUGAUAUAAUUUAAGGAAAGAAGAAGGCGAAUAUUUCUUAAGAGAUCUCCUGGUUAUUGGCAUUAUGCUAGGCAAAGGAAGCAAUGCUGAUAAAGCAAGUUUAUUAUUUCAAGUAUUUGACGAAACAUCAGAAGGAGUUAUCGAAAUAAGCAGACUUAAAGACCAAGUCUUCAAAACAAUUUUCCAGCACUGCGUCAACAGUCUUGGAAAUUUGGUGACCACACAACAGUGCUCGGAGUCUCUUGAGCUGAAAAAUAAAAAAUACUUAGACGAGCUGAAACAGGUCGAAGCAGACGGGAUUAAAAAAAUAUGUGAUGGGAUUAUUGCAGAUAAAACGUCAAGGGUUAUUGAUGAAGCUGAAUUUGUAAGGGUUAUGUGUGAGUUCGAGAUGGGAAACCUACUGUCUUCGUUUGGCUUUAGAACGUUUUUCAAAGAAGUUUUUAAUACUUCUCCUCCUAAAAAGGUUUGGUCCAAUCCUUUCGGUAAAAAGAAAUAA